AUGAAGUACAACAAAACAGAAAUAAACGUUACUGUGUCAGAGGCCUCGGAAACCUCAGAGCCGGCGGCUGGGGGACGGUGCUCGCCCCAGGUGUCGUCAUCNCUCGCAUGCACCACCAAAGGUGCAGAAGUGCCAAAGCGGGCUUCUGCCGCCAACCACCGUGUUGGAAAUACUACUGCUAACCACGAAAUUAGUACGAUAUCGAUCGACGCGAUAUCGUGCUACGAGCGUUUGUACGGCUUGUCUGUACAGAAAAUUGUAGACGUCGGAAAAGUCCUGGAUUAUUUGAUGUUCAUGAUUUUCAAACUGCAGAUGGGACAGGUAAUAUUGUCGUUAUUCGUUGUGUCUCAGAGAUAGUGAAACCAUAAUUUUGUAAUACGAAUAAUAAAAAUUGAUAAUUAUUUUCUAGUCAAUGUAUACUCAUACAUUAAAUCAUUUAUCGGCCGAAUUGUAUAGUUUGAACGAAACAAAAGACAUGACUAUUGCGGGCCAACUUUUUAUCGGACUUAUUAAAAGCGGCCUCGUCUUGUAAAUGAUUUUUUAAAAAUUAUUAAUUUAUUUUAUUUCAUAAAAAACUAAAUCAAAUAUAUUCUUGUGUUUUUUUUUUUUUUUUUUAGAAAUGAUCAAGAUUAUUGGGAACCCGCUAUAGAACAAAUUUUACGUAUUCUGGAAAACAAAAGUUCAAAAUCGAGAUCGUUUAUUUUAAUUUCAAAUUUUGUGGAAGAAUUGAAACGUGACAUCGGAACACGUUUACAAUACGAAAGCAUAAAUCAG